CAAGGCGAUAUCAUAAGUAUUCCGAUGACCUCGAGAGCGAUCAGAAAUACUUCACGACGACUGCAAUCACUAGUAUAUCGCACAUCUACACAACAUAGAAUCGAAAACUGCAGCAAAAUGAAGUUCAGUCACGUAGCAACCUGCAUCGCCGCGGCCGCAACGACGGUCAACGCUUUCGUUCCCGCCACAUCCUACCGCAGCACCAGGAGCCAGUUGAUGUCCACUGCCACGGACGCCUCCGCAUACGCCGAUGUCGAUCGAUACGUAAGCGACCAUCCCAACAAUAACAUCCCACCACACAUUGCCGCUCUUGUUGGGCGGGGGCUACACACCAAGGAAGACCACCCCAUCGGAAUCGUCCGAGCCAAGAUCCAGGAUUAUUUCAACUCGCUGGAUGAAGAGUACAAGAUCUUCGAUGCUGAAGAUCCCAUCGUGACCUGCAAACAAUGCUUUGAUGACUUGCGAAUUGAACCAGAUCAUCCCGGCCGAUCGCCCUCUGAUACUUAUUACAUCGACGACGAGACUUUGUUGCGAACGCACACAAGUGCUCACCAAUCGAUGCACCUGAAAGACGGAUACGAACGAUUCUUGUGUGCAGGAGAUGUCUACCGCCGGGACGAAAUCGAUGCUUCCCAUUACCCCGCAUUCCAUCAAUUGGAGGGAGUCAAACUCUUUGACAAGGAUGCUGUAUCGGGAGCCGAUGGUCUGACCAAGGAGGAAUGGCUGGCAUCGCCGGAAUGCAAAAUGAUUGCCGACGACCUCAAAAACGUAUUAGAGGGAUUGAUGGAUCACUUGUUUGGACCUGUAGAAAAGAAAUGGUCGGAAGAUUUCUUCCCCUUCACCGAACCCUCCAUGGAGUGCGAAAUUCUUUAUGAAGGAGAAUGGCUCGAGGUUCUCGGAUGUGGAGUCAUCCACACCGAAGUCUUGGAGAUGGCUGGACGAGAAGAUCGUCGCGGAUGGGCAUUUGGACUCGGUCUGGAACGACUGGCAAUGAUUCUCUUCAAGAUCCCCGACAUCCGUCUUUUCUGGACGGACGACAAGCGAUUCCACAAGCAAUUCAAGGCUGGAACCAUCACCGAAUUUAAGCCUUAUUCCAAAUACCCACCGUGCUUUAAGGAUAUUGCCUUUUGGUUGCCUGAAGACUUUGUAGAGAAUGAUUUCUUCGAAUUGGCCCGUGGAAUUGCCGGCGAUCUGGUUGAAAAGAUGGAACUCACUGAUGAGUUCACAAACCCCAAGACUGGAAGAACCUCCAAGUGUUACCGUAUCACCUACCGAUCGAUGGACCGCUCCUUGACGGACGACGAAAUCAACGCCCUGCAAAUGGAACUACGCGAACAGGUUGGUACCCUUGGCGUCGAAGUGCGAUAAACAAUGAAAAAUCUUGCUGAACAAUCCACGAGGAAAACGAAACAGUAACUACGAUAAUUAUUCUACGGUACAGCGAUAUACGACUGGAAGAGUACUGUACACUGAGGAGUUUGAACAGUGAAAAUAUCAGGUCAACUAAUAUUUAUAAACGAAACAAAUUUUGUCGUCUACACAGUAUCCAUAGUCUACCCAUAUUACAGUUCGCAGAGUACAUAAACAUAAGCGUAAGCA